AUGGGACUUGCAUUUUCAAAAAUCUUUGACAAGUUAUGGGGAAAAAAAGAGAUGAGGAUUCUGAUGGUCGGGCUUGAUGCCGCUGGAAAGACAACGAUUCUGUACAAGCUCAAACUUGGAGAAAUUGUUACGACUAUUCCCACAAUAGGCUUCAACGUUGAGACAGUUGAAUAUAAGAACAUUCAAUUUACCGUGUGGGAUGUUGGCGGACAGGAUAAAAUACGACCUCUUUGGAGGCAUUACUUUCAAAAUACUCAAGGAAUCAUUUUUGUGGUUGACAGCAAUGAUCGUGAUCGAGUUGUCGAAGCACGAGAAGAACUUCAACGGAUGUUAAAUGAAGAUGAACUUCGAGAUGCUAUCCUUUUAGUUUUCGCUAACAAACAAGAUCUGCCAAAUGCCAUGAACGCAGCCGAAAUUACUGACAAAUUGGGUCUUCACGGAUUGAGACAACGAGCCUGGUACAUACAAUCCACCUGCGCCACAUCCGGAGACGGUCUCUAUGAGGGCUUAGAGUGGCUUGCUCAGUCAUUGAGAAAGGCUGGUCAUCAAUAA